CACUCCCGCGUUCCAUCGGGCCGCAUCCGGCGGCAGCCCGGCCUGUGGCUCCCCCUGCGGGCAGCUCAGCGGCGUGCACAGUCGGGCGGGCUGGCAGGUUAAGUGGUGGUGGGGUGCUGAGGCUCAGGCAGCAUGACGACGGAGACCUUCGUGAAGGAUAUCAAGCCAGGGCUCAAGAAUCUGAACCUCAUCUUUAUUGUGCUGGAGACAGGUCGAGUGACCAAGACAAAGGACGGACACGAGGUUCGGACCUGCAAAGUGGCAGACAAAACUGGCAGCAUCAACAUCUCUGUCUGGGACGACGUGGGCAACCUGAUCCAGCCUGGGGACAUUAUCCGGCUCACGAAAGGGUAUGCUUCAGUGUUCAAAGGUUGUCUGACACUAUACACUGGCCGUGGGGGUGAUCUGCAGAAAAUCGGAGAAUUCUGUAUGGUUUAUUCUGAGGUUCCUAACUUCAGUGAGCCAAACCCAGAGUACAGCGCCCAGCAGACACCCAACAAGGCGGUGCAGAACGACAGCAGCCCUGCAGCCCCCCAGCCUACCACCGGACCCCCUGCCGCUUCUCCAGCCUCUGAAAGCCAGAAUGGGAAUGGACUGAGCACCCUGCCAGGUCCUGGUGGGGUCCCACACCCCCCUCAUGCUCCCUCCCAUCCACCCAGCACCCGAAUCACCCGCAGCCAACCCAACCAUACGUCUGCUGGCCCUCCCGGCCCCACCAGCAACCCUGUCAGUAACGGCAAAGAAACCCGAAGGAGCAGCAAGAGAUAGCAAAGUGCUAUCCGUCCCUUCCUGCCACCAACCACAACCCAGGUGUCUUGGGGAACAAGACAGCCUUCAACUGGGCUGCCGGCUUAGGAGGAGGGGGUAGCGGUCUUUUAGCCACUAAAGUUCAUCCAUGGGGCAGCGAGCAGCGGCCUUAUCUACCCUAAACCCAUGCUGCCCCCUUGUCCAGCUGAAGCUACCUGUCCCCUGGGAUUCAAGUCGCCCUGCCUGCCCUCCUUCUUCUUUAGAAGUGACAGUUAUCGUCUG